AUGCUCGUUGACGCUGACGGCAAGCGGGUCAACACGUAUAACGAACCAGGCGAGGUGUGGGUAAAAUCGCCAAGUGUUGUGCUCGGCUAUCUGAAUAACGAGUUUGCAAAUCGCGAAACUUUUGUCGACACGGAGAAUGGUCGUUUCAUUAAGACAGGCGACGUUGGGGAGAUGCGAAAAGCGCCAAGCGGAAAGGAGCACCUCUGGAUCGUGGACCGAAUCAAAGAACUCAUCAAAGUCAAGGGCCAUCAAGUUGCUCCGGCCGAAUUAGAGGCGUGCCUAUUGGGCCAUUCAAGCGUGGCGGAUUGUGCCGUCAUUUCUGUGCCGGAUGAUCGUGCCGGCGAAGUCCCAAAGGCUUACAUCGUCAAGUCGGGGCCAUGUUCCGAAAAGGAGAUUCAAGAGUACGUGCAGGCCAGGAAAGCUCCCCACAAAUGGAUCAAGGGAGGCAUCGAGUUUGUGGAGGCGAUCCCUAAGUCUCCUUCGGGCAAGAUCCUCAGACGACUGUUGAGAGACCGCGAGAAGCAUCGUCGCGCAGCAAAGCUAUGA